CGUACGCCCGAGUCCGGCGAGUCCGUCGUUCCGGUGUUCACACUCUGCGAUCACACGUCCCCACAGUAUGUCGGCCCUCGCGACCGGUCUCGUUUUUACAACGGCAAUCUUCACGGUAAUAGCCGCGAGUGCAACUAGUUACACCACCAUUGAGAGUGAACAUGGUAACCAACAUAACCUCACCUCAAGUGCAGACAGUAUUUUAAACUCUAUGCGUCAGAUCGGACUGGAUGUAGUACAGAAUGAUACGGAAGUGUCAGUGAGUGCGCGGAUGAAGAUGUCUGAUUUCAUGCUCAACCCUUUCAUGUUCAUCCCUCAGCUGAUCAUGUGGGGAUUCGCGCCAAUUUUGCUGGCGAACCUCAAAAUGUUCGUGAUGCAAGCCCUGAUGCUUAACAAGAUGGCGUUGUCUUCAGCGAUUUUUAUGACCCUGAGGAACAUAGUGUUUGGCCCCCGGCCUGGACAUAUCGUCAAGUACGCCAACCAUGGGUACGGUCACGAUCACGGACACAACAAGGUACAUCACUACCACAGGCCACUACAUCACUAGCCACUUGUCAUUUCUGGAGUCUAUUGGUCCAAGUUCUACUUUUGCUUUAUUCAUUUCAUUUCAAACUAUCUUAAAGAACUUUCCUAAAAUUAUUUCUACAGAUCUAAAAUCUCAUUUUUUAUUUUCAGUUCUGUAAUAAUCA